AUGGGGGAGCUGGUGCCACCGGUAGGGGACGGGAACGAUGACCCUCCCUUGCAUCCCUCGCCAAAACAUCCGCGUCCUAGCUCGCCGGAGAAGCCAUCUGAAACCUACGUUGUCCAAAUCCCUAGGGAUCAAGUUUACCGCGUACCAGCACCUGAAAACUCCCACAUUUCCGACAAUUACCAAAGCCCUUCUCGUGAUAACAAAAACAGAUGUGGUGGACGUUGGACUUUAAUAUUUCUUGCCAUCAUGCUAGUUGGAUUUGGCAUCUUUGUCACCAUUCACAUUUUAGCGAAGCCUAAAUCCCCUGAAUUUUCCGUAAUUCAUUUCCAUAAAAAGAAUUUGAAAGCCUCAAAUCAUCAUUCCAGUGUUCCUGAAUAUGAAAUCUUGUUACAAGUUGACAAUCCAAAUCAGAACAUGGAAGUCCAUUAUGGAGUUGGAAAUGUGACCCUUAGUUUUAAGGGCCACAAGAUUGCUAGUGGUGGAUAUCCAUUGCUUCAACAAGAAGCAGGGAAGCCUAUUAAGGUUGAUGAAACCCUGUAUGGUAGAAAGGAAGCAUUACCUGGUUGGGUUGCAAGAAGCAUGAAUGGCACAAGUCCCAAGUCCCUGAUUUUGAAUAUUGAUGUGCCUAUUGAAAUUGAAACAUGGGGGAAGGAUUUGAAGAAAGAACUCAUUGUUGGAUGUGAUCUGCAGGUAAAUACCUUAGGCGAAGGUGCAAAAAUUUUAUCUCAAAAUUGUGGAACAGAUUUUUAG